AAACUUUGACCGGGGACUGAUUACCAUCCCAAAUUAAAAGAAACCAACCAUUCUUAUCCUCCAACUUAAAACCAUUCCUAACUGAAAUCCGUUUCACUUCUUCACCACAUAAUAAUACUAAUAAUAAUAAUAAUAAUAUUAUUAUUAUUAUUAAUAAACCAACCAUCUUUUUCUAACUGACUUCCCAAAUUCCAGAUCUUAUGUUUUCCUCAUUUACUUCCUUAAAUUACAAAUGUAGUAAGUCACUGUAACUGUAACUGUACCUUUCUUAUUUUUGUAACUGUGGAAAUCUGACGUUUCCCUCACCCAAACUCGUUUCCCACGGUCAACCCUGUUUGACCAAACCCUUACUGUAAUUCUCAACUAUUUUCGAGGGCAAAAUAGUCAUUAAAGUGACCUUAUAAACUCUUUAUAUAUCUUUAUAAAUAGAGGCUCGUUUUGAGCCUCUUAGCUUUCUCUCUGUUUCUCUUUCGUUGUUAUUUUGGAACUUAUAUAAUAAUAAUAAUAAUAAUAACUAAUUAGUUCGCCGGAGAAUGCAAACUCGGAGCGGAUUCUGUUACCCGAGACCCGAAUCCGAUAACCAAGACCCGUUUAGAGGAAAAAGGAAAUUAGGGUUAGGGUUUGGAGAACCUUACCGGAAGCGGCACCGGUUGUCGUCGUCGUCGGAGGCGGCGGCGGCGGCGGGGGAGUAUGGUUGUGGUUCCGGCCAUGACUUGUUUGAUGGUAUCCCUGAUGAUCUUGUGCUCUUGAUCCUUUCCAAGCUCAGUGCCUCGGCGACCUCGCCGUCCGAUCUCUUCGCCGUGCUUAUCACGUGCAAGAGAUUGAAGAAAUUGGGGGUGAAUCCGAUGGUAUUGGCGAAGGUUUCGGCGAAAUCCAUGGCGAUUAGGGCGAGCAAGUGGUGUGAAUCAGCUCACCGGUUCUUGAAGCUCUGUGCGGAUUCCGGCAACCUCGAGGCGUGUUACACCCUCGGAAUGAUCCGGUUCUACUGUCUGGGGAGCAGAGGGAACGGGGCGGCGAUGAUGGCGAGGGCGGCGAUGGGGUCACACGCGGCGGCGUUGUACGCGUUGGCAGUGAUCCAGUUCAACGGGAGUGGAGGGGCGAAGACGGACAAGGAUUUGAGAGCCGGUGUGGCGCUGUGCGCGCGCGCAGCGUUUCUCGGCCACAUCGACGCGUUGCGCGAGCUAGGGCACUGUCUUCAGGAUGGUUAUGGAGUGAGACGGAACGUGACGGAAGGGAGACGGUUCUUGAUCCAAGCCAACCUCCAAGAGCUUGCGACGGUGCCGGAUGCGGCGGCUGCGGCGAUGGCGAUAGGAGGAGGAGGAGGAGUGUGUCCUUUGUUGAGUGAUUUCGGGUGGGCGUUGGAGGAGAGGGAGGAGCACGCGGCGAAUAGGUUCAUGGUGGAGUGGUUCACGGCGAAGGGAUUGGAAGAAGGGAUGAGGAUGUGCUCGCAUGGCGGAUGUGGCCGGCCGGAGACGAGACGGCAUGAGUUCAGGCGGUGUAGCGUUUGCGGGGCAGUGAACUAUUGCUCAAGAGCUUGCCAGGCUUUGCACUGGAAGCUCGCGCAUAAGGCUGAGUGCACGCCCAUGGACCGAUGGAAUCUCGCCGUCGCCGGCGCCGGAGCAGCACCGCCGGCAGCCAUGGGAUGACAAAGAGAAAGAAAGAGAGAUAAGGAUAGAGUUUUUACGGUCUGAAUUAAUUUUUUUAGUUUUUAAUUUUUUU